AUGCCAAUUACUAAAGUUCCACAAGCAGAUGAACUAAUUGAUAUCUGUUUAAAUAAGACUAAUAGAAAGACACCAACAAUAAUAAGAAAGCACUUUGAGAUAGUUAGAAUAAGAAAAUUUUAUAAUAAAAAGAUAAAGUUUGCAUCUGAUGAGUUUUGUGCAAGAUUAGAUGAGAUUGUUAAAGACUUUCCUGUUUUGGAGGAUAUGCACCCAUUUUAUUCAGAUCUUAUUAGUGUACUUUAUGAUAGAGAUCAGUAUAAAAUAGCACUUGGUAAGAUUAAUACGUGUAAAAGUAAAAUUAUUGGAAUUGAAAAAAAUUCUUUAAAAAUGAUUAAGUUUGCUGAUACUCUUUAUAGAUGUAAAUGUCUUAAAAGAGCAGGUUUGGGACAGAUGGUUACUAAUGUAAGUAAGUUAAAGGAUGAAUUAAAAUACUUAGAAGAAGUAAGAAUGCAUUUACAAAGACUUCCUACUAUUGAUCCUUAUUCAAGAACCUUAAUAGUAGCUGGUUUCCCUAAUGUUGGUAAAAGUUCUUAUAUUUCAACAAUAACUAACUGUAAGACAGAAGUACAGCCUUAUGAAUUUACCACACAAGCUCUUUAUUGUGGUCAUUUUACUUAUUCAGAUCUUUCUUAUCAAAUAAUUGAUACACCUGGUAUUUUAGAUAGACCACUUGAUAGUAGAAGUAAAAUAGAAAUGUUAAGUAUUACAGCUUUAGCUCAUUUAAAGUCUUGUAUAUUGUUUUUUAUAGAUGUGUCUGGUAUAGGACAUUCAAUAGAAGAACAAAUUGAAUUAUAUAACAAUUUAAAUCCUUUGUUAAAUUCUCAAACCAUUAUUGUUUUAUCUAAAAUUGACGUUUUGACUGAUGUAAAUCAAAUUGAUGAAAAUUUAGUAAAUGAGUGUUUAACUAACUUUGUUAGUGAGAAUACAAUUUUAAAAGAAUUUUUAAGAGAUAAAAAGUAUCUUGGUAUAACAACAAAAAACAAUGUUAAUUUCAAGUUACUUUCAGAUACUGCUGCUGAAAUGAUUUUGAAUGACAGAAUUGAAAACAAGAAGAAUAUUGAAACAAUAGAAAAUUUACUUUACACAAUAAAUACUGAUAAACCAAUGAAUUCUUAUGAAUUUAAUCAUAUUGGUGAGAAUAGAUUUUUUAAUAGUAUUAAUUAUAAAGAUACUUAUUUAUGUGAAAAUAAAUAUGAUGUCAUACCAGAGUUAAUUAACGGUAAAAACAUUAUUGAUUUUUAUAUGAAUAAGGAUUUUAACAGUUUGAAAGAUAUUGUCAUGCCAGAUCUAAAACAUUAUAAUACACUCUCUAAAGAAGAAAGAGAAUAUUAUGAUUUAAUCAAUGAUACUAGAAUACAGGCUAAUAUGGAUAGUCUGUUUAAUAAGAGAAGAAAAGUUCCUGAUAAAAGCUAUCAACAUGAUGGAUUUAAAUGUGACAAUGAAAUGUUUAAUAAUCCUAAUAAAAAUACAGUUAAUUUUAAUAAAAAAGCUCAAUCAAAUGUUGGUGGAAAAACUGGUAAAUUAGCUGACGCUAAACAUCUUUACAGAAGUAAAUAA